UUGUAAAGUUCGGCUUCUUCGCUUCUCUUCCGUUUUGCUACUCUCUCCGGCGAGAAGAAGGAAACACAAAGCUCAGAUCAUCUGCGAAGCCUCUUUUCGUGUUUAGGUCUCGAAGAUAGUAACGUAAUUCGAAGAUUCCUGGCGUCUCUGCUAUACUACCAGUGGCUCCAAUACCGAUGGUUCGACACCCUCCACUUGCACGCCCACCUGCUUUCAGGCCACCACAAAACGGUGGAGCCAAAGCAGAUGAUGAGCGUUACGUGAUAUCUGAAGAGAGCAGGCAAGUCAGAGAAAGACAAGAAAGGGCAAUGCAGGAGUUGCUGAGAAAGCGCCGCGCUGCUGCUAUGGCAGUGCCGACGAACGACAAAUCCGUUAGAGGCCGGCUUAGACGGCUUGGGGAUGCCAUUACUCUAUUUGGGGAACGGGAGAUGGAGAGGAGAGCUAGGCUGGCUCAGCUUAUGGCCAGGAUCGAUAUCGGCGGGCAGUUGGAUAGACUGCUUCGAGCUUACGAAGAGGAAGUGGAAGAUGAAGAAGAAGAAGUUCAGUACCUUUUUUUCACUGAGGGGCCAAAGGAGCUUAGAGAGGCUAGAAUAGACAUUGCUAAAUAUUCUAUCAAGAGAGCUGCUGUGAGGGUUCAGCGUGCGAAGAGGAGGAGGGAUGAUCCUGAUGAAGAUGUGGAUGCAGAGACUAAGUGGGCUUUGAAGCAGGCUAAAGGCAUGGUCCUUGAUUGCAGUAGCUUUGGAGAUGAUCGUCCUCUUACUGGCUGCUCCUUCUCAAGAGAUGGAACAAUACUUGCCACGUGUUCUCUAAGUGGAGUUACUACGUUAUGGGAGAUGCCUCAAGUGACAAACACGAUCGCUAUCUUGAAAGAUCACAAAGAGCGUGUAACUGACGUAGUCUUCUCCCCUGUGGACGAUUGCCUAGCAACCGCUUCUGCUGACAGAACUGCAAAGCUGUGGAAAACCGAUGGAACGCUCCUACAAACUUUUGAAGGUCAUUGGGACCGUCUUGCACGCGUUGCCUUCCACCCAUCUGGGAAGUACCUCGGGACGACGAGCUUUGACAAAACAUGGAGACUGUGGGAUGUAAACACAGGAGCAGAGCUGCUUUUGCAAGAAGGUCACAGUCGCAGCGUCUACGGAAUUGCGUUUCAGCAGGAGGGGGCAUUAGCAGCAUCCUCUGGGCUUGAUUCGCUUGCACGGGUUUGGGAUCUACGCACUGGUAGGAGUAUUCUGGCCUUCCAAGGACACAUCAAACCGGUUCUUUCAGUGAACUUCUCUCCGAAUGGGUAUCACUUAGCAUCUGGUGGUGAGGAUAGUCAAUGCCGUAUAUGGGAUUUAAGAAUGAGAAAGUCAUUGUACAUUAUACCAGCUCAUGCUAACCUCGUGUCUCAAGUGAAGUAUGAACCACAAGAAGGCUACUUCCUGGCCACUGCCUCAUACGAUAUGAAAGUCAAUAUAUGGUCAGGGAGAGAUUUCUCGCUUGUUAAAAGCUUAGCAGGACACGAGUCAAAAGUCGCCUCUCUAGAUAUCACUGCAGACAGCUCGUGUAUCGCAACUGUAUCACAUGACCGUACUAUCAAGCUCUGGACAAGCAGUAGCAACGAAGAAGAAGACCAAGGCGGAGAAACAAUGGACAUAGAUCUCUAACUUCUUUAUUCAUCAUAUUUCGCAAGAAGGAUUUAGAGAUUAAUUUUUUACAGAGAAUCUUUGAAA